GCGCGGCGUGGCGGGGACGGACGCAGGCCGGGGAGCCAGGGCGAGCGGGCUGCUAGCGCGGACGCCAGAACGGAGCCGUUGUCGCCGCCGCCGCCGCCACAGAGCGCCCUAGCACCUGGCUUGUGAGUUUGCGCGGGCUCGGCGGUGUCCGCCCCACCUUCAGGCUUAUUCGUCAUCAUGAAGCUGUUCCACCCAGUCUUCCCUAGCUGCUUCCUGCUGACCCUGCUCAGCUUAUGGACAGCUACUCCUGAGACUCACGCUGUGUCCACGGGGACGCCAGCCAUCAAUGCGACCUCAUUCCUGCAGGACCUCAUGCGUCGCUACGGGGAGGGGGACAGCCUCACCCUGCAGCAGCUGAAAGCCCUGCUCGACCACCUGGUUGUGGGGGUGGGCCGGGACAAUGCCACCUGGCCCCCAGAGGGACCAAGGAACCUGUCCACGUGCUUCAGCUCUGGAGCCCUCUUUGCUGCCCACAACCUCAGUGACCAGUCCCGGAUCGGGAGGAGUGAAUUCCAGGACUUCUGCCCCACCAUCCUCCAGCAGCUGGACUCCCAGGCCUGCACCUCUGAGAAUAAGGAGGACAAGGAGGAUGAGCAGACGCAAGCAGCGGGGCCGAGCCCGGUGGAAGUGUGGGGAUACGGUCUCCUCUGCGUGACCGUCAUCUCCCUCUGCUCCCUCAUGGGGGCCAGCGUGGUGCCCUUCAUGAAGAAGACCUUUUACAAGAGGCUGCUGCUCUACUUCAUAGCUCUGGCGAUUGGCACCCUCUACUCCAACGCCCUCUUCCAGCUCAUCCCCGAGGCGUUUGGUUUCAACCCUCUGGAGGAUUAUUACGUCCCCAAGUCCGCAAUGGUGUUUGGGGGUUUCUAUCUUUUCUUUUUCACAGAGAAGAUCUUGAAGAUGCUCCUUAAGCAGAAAGAUGAGCAUCAUCACGGACAUAGUCAUUAUGCUCCCGAGACACUUCCUUCCAAGAAGGACCAGGAGGAGGGGGUGACGGAGAAGCUGCAGAAUGGGGACCUGGACCACAUGAUUCCUCAGCACUGUGGCAGUGAGCUGGACGGCAAGGCCCCCGUGAUGGAUGAGAAAGUCAUCGUGGGCUCACUCUCUGUCCAGGACCUGCAGGCCUCCCAAAGUGCCUGCUACUGGCUGAAGGGCGUCCGCUACUCUGAUAUCGGCACUCUGGCCUGGAUGAUCACCCUGAGCGACGGCCUCCACAAUUUCAUCGACGGCCUGGCCAUUGGAGCCUCCUUCACCGUGUCCGUUUUCCAAGGCAUCAGCACCUCAGUGGCCAUUCUCUGUGAGGAGUUCCCACACGAGCUGGGAGACUUUGUCAUCCUGCUCAAUGCUGGCAUGAGCCUCCAGCAAGCGCUGUUCUUCAACUUCCUUUCUGCCUGCUGCUGUUAUGUGGGUCUGGCCUUUGGCAUCGUGGCCGGCAGCCACUUCUCUGCCAACUGGAUCUUUGCACUGGCUGGAGGAAUGUUCUUGUACAUUUCUCUGGCUGACAUGUUCCCCGAGAUGAAUGAAGUCUGCCAGGAGGACGAAUGGAAGGGCAGCAUGUUGGUCCCCUUUGUCAUCCAGAACCUGGGUCUCUUGACCGGCUUCACCAUCAUGCUGCUUCUCACCAUGUAUUCAGGACAGAUCCAGAUCGGGUAGGGCCCUGCAGGGAUCCAAGCAAGUGGACGUCGGCCCUCGGCUGUCUGACCCCUGGCCCUCGGACUCAGCGGCCCCGGAGUGCCUUGGGAGAGGCAGUUCUGUUAAAAACUGUGGCACGGACUGGAUUCCUGCAUUUUGACGUCAGCUGCUUUUUAAAUGUUCUGUCCUAGUAAGAAGCUGCUCUGGUCACAGCUUCCAGGUCGUACCUCGCUCCCUUUCCUCUCCCUCCUUCUCAGAGCAGCUCGGGGACCUGAAUGCAGCUUAGAAGACAAACCUAAUUUUUUUCUCUGGUUACCCUGGCCCCUUUCUCUUCAAACCAUUGCUGGGAAAUUUGGGAUCUUUUGCCCUACAAUGCAAAAAUAUAGGCAGCAGCCAUAACCUGGUUAGUAAUAGCAGACGCAAAUCUAUAGUUUGGGGCCAAUCUAACUGUGUAUCCUGGACCUCAAGAUGAUCCAUUUUAAAAUGGAUCCUCUUCACCUAUUUUUUUACAGAAAAGGUACAGGAGACAGGAGUUCCUCCCAUUUGUUCAGUCUGUUCAGUUGCCUGUUCUCUCAAGGAGAGCUGAAAGUGGGAGCAGACAGAGGGCGGGAGGGGGCGGAUUGAGCGGGGUGAGAGGGGAAGUGAGGCCCGUGUGUGCCGCCGUCCUGAUGGUCACCCGUGCCCACUGGGGUGCUGAUGUCAGUUUUGUGGCUGCACCUGGUGUUUCCCGGCCAUCCAGAAGAGCCGGUGUGUCGGUUCAGUGGCCCGGACCCCCUCCCCGUUCCCCCACGCCGUUCCUCUCCGAACAACACUAACAGGAGCGGAGGGCAGAGAGGGUUUCUCUGUUUCCCUCCUCCCCUUCCCCACUCCCUCCUUCUGAGACUUCUUGGCUGCCUCCCUAGAAGCACAUUCUGAGCACAUGCACGAAACUGGAGUGAGAGGGGAUACCUCGCACACUUACCUCCCCUGGCCAACGUGUCUGCUGCAAAGUGGCAGGUGGACUUAUAGAACUGGAGUGCAACUUGUGCUCUUUGACAGUGGUGCCAGGAAAGGAAUCCGUGCAGACGCCAUUUAGGAUUUGCUAAUUACAUGAGUAAAAAUACGAAUAAUAGAACUCUGAGGUGUAAGGUCCAGAAGUCUGGUUGGGCUCUGCAGAUGUGUGCAGAACAGGGGGCCUACUGAUGACGCUGCGGGUGGGUUUUCGGCAGUACAGUCUAGGUUACCCUUCCUCCCUCACCCCAGACAAGGAGGGGCGGCUCCUGUAUUGAAUAUUAAUUGCCUACUCUCCUCAAAAAGUGGGCGGAUAGACUUGUCUGUGAGACUGUAGGCCAGCCUCAGGUGCCGCAGAGCCCUCUCCUCAGAACUUGGGCUUCAGGGGGAACUAAUCUCCAGGUUCACUAGGUGAAUUGAUUUAUUACUAUCAUAUUGAUAAUGUGAGAUUCUUUAGCCACUUUGGGGAGCCCGUCUCUCCAGAAGCCUUUCUUUGUGGUGCCCACAGCUGCAAACUGCACUGUGUGCGUGACUGAUGAGUGCUGGUUCUUCGCCAACACCUGUGAGCCUUUCCCUCCUUUCCCAGACACUUCUCACUACUCAGUAAUUCAAAAGCAGCCUUGGUUUUGUUUUUUCUUCUUGGAAAACAUCCCUCAAAACAGGAAUAUUCUUGAAAAGAACACGAGCAGGAAAACUGCUGGUAAUGCUUUGUAAGUUUUUCUCCUUCUCAGGCCUGUUGACUUGGGUAGAUUUCAGAACAGGCUGAAGGAGAAAAACUGUUCUCAAGAUUCUAGAUUCAGUACCUGGACUGUCUCCUGAUAGGAUUAUGGUCCAGUUUUACCAAAGAACCAACGCCUUGAAUGUUGGAAUCUAACUUUGUAUUAUAUCAUCAUUGUUAUUGUUACUGAUUUUGUGUCUUUUCUGUUUUAUUUUCCUCAAAUUGCUUUCGGGAGCUAGCAGAAAAUAACACUCAAUCUUUACGGCUUCAGAAGAUUUUGCUUCCCUUAAUUCACAUUGAUGUAUUAAAUUUAUAAUUUUAGCAUUCCCUAUAGACCAUUCCUUACAAAUACAAUUAUUCUUGGAGUAAAGUACUAAGUUAGGGUUAGUUGGUUUCUAGUUUUAGAAGAGCUCAAAAAUAUAAUCUUUAGCAAAUUAAAAGUACAGUAUGAAACAGUAGGAUGCUUUCCCUUUCCGUGCACAUCUGUAGGAAGAGCCUUCCUUUCAUAGACAGCCGCCUCAAAGGGAGACUUUCUGUCAACUGUCCUUAGUCCAGAGGCCGGUCCGGGCCGGGGCUGAGGAGGGGGGGAAACACUUAGUUCAUGCAGCUGAUUGUAUGUGGCCAUUGGCAACCAGCUUGCCUCAUGAGUUGAAAGUGUGGCAAUUUCUUUUGGACUUUUAAGCAUUGAAUUUGCUGGUUUAAAAGCAUCUGCAUGUUUUAGAAGUCUAAGGGGUAGAGCGUUUUGGGGACAUUUGCAUCUUCGACCCUUCUCUCUCCAGAUGGACCAGCUCCUAUUAACAAUCGCUAGGAGAGUCUGUGUCCCUCGAAGGAGCCCCAGACCAGGAUCAGGGUUCCGCUGCAGCUCACACCCUGCCAUGAGGUUGUUUCCCGUCCCUGCUCCCACAGGCCUUUUGUGCCUCGUGUCACCUUGGGGCUCCUUCCCGGAUCCUUCCUCCAGGGUUUGGAUAAAGAAGGCUUCUCUGCUCGGGUGUCCCAAGACCUGUUCUUAGUAAGUCCUCUUCCAAAGAGAUGGUAGGAUGCAGGAAAUAUGCUUAAAAACAAAAAGUCUGAUUUUUGGGUUUUUUUUUUUUUUUUUUGCAGGAGGGGUCAGGUUUUUAUUCAUAUUUCCUUUUUCAAUUCUGCAGUUCCAUCACAGUAUUUUUAAAAAUAACUCAGGAGUUAGGAGGAUAAACUACAAAAGAAAAUAAGUUAUAUGAACUUUAAAUGUUUUAUUUGUAAGAUUCUAUAAAUAAAGCUAUAUUCUGUAACUAUUGAA